UGAACGGUUGCACAUCCUUUUCCAAAGUAGUAAAAAACAGAGCGUUUCAGUCUCACAUACAUAUGUAUAAAAAUCUUUCAUAUCAUUCAAAAUUGUCCAACUUGAUCUCAAAGAUACACUUCAAACGCGAAAGCGAAAUAUUUCUAUUAGUUCUAUUAUUGGCAGUUAUUUUUCAAAUCAUAAUAUCCGGGCACUAACAUCUCCCAACAGCAUGAGGACACUCUAGGCCGAUCAAGAUUUCACUUAUCUAAUUCCCCAUUAACGUAAAAGUUUAGUCAUCAAGUUCAAACAAGGUCAGGAAGAGUUCUCCAAAGUUCAUACAACGAGAAUGAUGUCUUUUAAAGGGAUCUCGAUAAUUUUGGCCUUGUGUGCCACUUUGACUAGGGCUCAAAACCCCACGGAUGGCACAGGUUUGGUAAUUGGUGGCUUUGGGGGAAGCAUCAAUAUUGAGGUGAUCACUGGUGAUGCGAUUUGUGAUGCUCCAAUUCCUGGAGCACCAAGCGGAUCUAUUGAAGGUUGGGUGUCCGAGGUGAUGGACAAUGAAAUUUGGCUUUGCGGUGGCUCUGACCUCAACUUCCGAGCUGAUUGCUAUUCCAUUCCGAUCUCAGGAGGCAGCUGGGAGAAGCAAGCGUCGUUGUUGAAGGCCAGAGAAUAUGCCUCAAGCUUUGUUAUGGGGGAUCAAAUGGUUGUUUUGGGAGGCUAUAACGACCGAGCUGGUUGGCUGGACGAGGUUGAGCGGUAUGAUCCGGUUUCUAAGACCUGGGAGGUCAUGACUGAUUGGACUUUACCACGAAAACUCUUCAACUUGUGCGCUCUUCCCAUGGAUGAUACUCACAUCAUCAUUGCCGGUGGCAAUGAAUAUGCCCAGGAUUAUCGAGAUUUAGUGGACAUCCUGGACAUCACCACUGGCGUAUGGGAGUCGGCCGAGGCAUUGCCCUUUGGCAGAGCGGCCCAUGAUUGCAUUAACUAUGAACUGAACGGGGAAAAGGGAAUGCUCAUGACUGGAGGAUGCACAGAGGCUUGUCAGAAUCAUGUUAAGCAAACCUUAUUCUUUUCGUACACUACAAGAACCUGGACUGUCUUGAGUGACUUGUUUGAGGAAAAGAUGGGCCACAAGAUGACCUGGGUAGAUGGACAAGUGGCUGUCAUUGGAGGUUACCGUGAUUCCUUGAUUGGAAGCGUCGAGGUUUUUGAUGGUACCUCAUGGACUGUUCGGGAAGACUCACUGCAUUUUGCACGGUGGGCCUUUGGAUUGCCUGACUACAUUCCUUCUGCAACAAGCAUUGGUUGUUAGGCAGAUUUGAUCAGUGUUCCAUUCCGAUGAUAGACGCAACAGAUUGAAUGAAAUUAAAUUCACUUUAAACGCUCA